AUGGUUCUCAAGUCCUCCUUCACCAUCCUCGUCGUCGCCACCUUGGCCGUCUUCUCCUCCUACACUCCCCAGGCUGAAGCUCACUCGUGGGCUGACUGCAUUGACUGGAAGUUCAACAAGGCCGGCAACCAGGACUGGUCCGACAAGGGAGGCAAGUGCACCGGUUACGCCCGUCGCUUCCCUCUCGGCAAGGUGUUCGGUUCUCUCGACUCUGCCUACCCCAAUCGCCACUACCAGCAGGACCGCCAGAACCCUAGCACUGCCUUGCCCUGCUCUGACCGCAAGGCCGGUGCAACGCGCGGUUCGGACGAGACCCGUGCCAACCCUCCCUCGAAGGCCUACGGCGGCGAGUACGGUCGCAUGACCGUCACCUCCGUCGGUGACACCCUCUGUGUCCGCUGGCCCGCCAAGAACCAUGCCCAGGUGUUCCAUCCCAACCACAAGGUCCAGAUCCACUUGUCCAAGUCCCGCAACGCCAAGGAUAUCUCUCAGCAGGAGUUGUUGAAGAACACCAUUGCCAAUCUCAACUACAAGAACUGUAACCCUAGCUCCGACGAGGAUCAUCGUCCCUGCGGUGGAUGCUUCAAGGUCCCCGUCCGUGCCAAGGGUAUCUACCUCCUCCAGUGGCGCUGGAUGUUGAACCAGGACGAGUGGUACACUUCCUGCGCCGAUAUCGAGAUCAAGUAG